CUGCACCGUUCAUAAUUUCCACAUAAGUAUUCUUCAAUUGCGGAGAGAGUUUGCACUUUUCAAGCCCCGUCGAUUGCUUUUCGUACAUAUUCCGCUUGGACUGCCUUGUUGUCUACCUUGUUUGCACCUUCAUCUACAAUUACAUACCAAUGGCCAAUCACACUCUCCGAUAAAUGCUUCGAUACACAUUACAUAAAAUGGCAAAGAAAGAUUCACUGUCCCGUCUCUACACAGCAACCAGCCACCAAGAGGUCAGCCCGCCGCCAUUGAAACGAAGAAGACUGACGCAAACACCAAGCCUAGCAUUGGAUAAACCCCGUGCCUCGUCCACACUUCAAACGGCCGACCAGCCCAGAAGCUCUUCUCCAAGCAAGGAUGCGUUCCGUGUGUUUUCGUGGAACAUCAACGGCAUCAACGCCUUUUUGUCGUCCACUCACUCCGCCCGAAAGAUCACAUCCUACUUCACAGAAUCCACCAAGACGCAAAAGAGCGGGACCUCGAGUAUCGAUGCACCGCCAAACGCCAAUCGACUGCGCACACCUCCUGGACAAGCACUGUCAAGCUCGACACACUCGCUGCGAGCCUUCCUUGCCCGCCAUAACUGGCCUGAAAUUCUCUUCCUCCAGGAGCUCAAGAUCAAGCCGCAAGACGGACCGGCUCGUCUGCCAAAGAUACUUUCUGCUCUCAAUACCCCGCUCAAUGCUGCUGACAGUGUAUCCGACCAUCGUACCUACACUUUCAAUGCAGUGCUUCCACGCGAUAAGCAUAAUGCCAAAGCCUUCGGAGGAAAGUUGUACGGUGUGGGAACAAUAAUGCGAACAGACUUUGCUCGCAAAUGGGUUGCUACUGUGCGGGAGGUUGACUGGGAUAUCGAGGGAAGAGUCAGCGUCGUUGAGAUGAGAGGGGCGCCGGAAGGGCAAGAUGAGAAUGAGCCAGUCACGAAACCUCUUGCUCUCAUCAAUGUCUAUGCCGUCAACGGCACAACGCAACCGUACCGUAACCCACUGACCGGCGCCGUCCAUCCCAACUGCCCGACUCGCCAUGACCGAAAGCUCGUCUUCCAUUCCCUACUCCGGGACGAGUGCCUUUCCCUGGAAGCACGAGGAUUCUCUGUGGCCGUUGCAGGCGACAUGAACAUAGCCAGAGGACCUGCCGACGGACACCCCAACCUACGAACCUUCCCAGAACAACAUUGCGUUAACAGGGUGGAUUUCAACACCAAGUUCUUCGGCGAGGAAGACAACAAGCGAGCUGGAGCCUACGUUGGAACACAAGACGAAAAAACCGAAAAGUGUCUUGAUGCCGUGGAUGUGUUUCGGGCAAAAUAUGGCAUGGAGAAAAGAUACACAUAUUACCCCAACCGCGGGGAGUGGGGGAGCAGUUGCGAUAGGGUCGAUAUGGUGUUUGUUUCCAAGGAGGUGUGGGGUGACGGGCGUGUGAUUGAUACGGGAAUACUCGAUACGCCUCAGGAGCGCAGUCCGAGUGAUCACGUACCGUUCUGGGUCAAGAUCGCUUUGUGAUGGCACUAGCUGAGGCACAGAGGGCCUGGUGUGAAGUCCCACUUAUCCCUUGCUGUUUCCAUUUUCUUAUAAUCUCUGACCAUCCCCCUAGGAGGUUUUUGCGGCCGUACAUCUGAUUCUUACAAGCUCCCAGCCCUCGAUUUUGAACCCCCUGAGUGUCAGACCCUUGAACCCCACAAGAGUAAACAAAGGUUGUCGAGAUCCACAGCCACGCGAGUCAGAAAAUGGAACCCUGAACAGCCCGCGCAGUCCCACACCUAAUCCACACCAUUUGAUAAACCCUAAAUCCUCGAACUAUGUUCAACAAAGCGUGGAAUUCCAUACGGAUCGGGUAUGGUGUAGCGGUAA